UUUUGAUAAAAUUAUCUUUUAAUUAAUUGAUGAAAAUAAAUAAAUGAAUGGCCGUGGGGUCUUAAAUUCGGAAAUUAUAUAAUUUGGGACUGAUACUGUGAUACAAAAUCCAGCCGAAGAUCUCUCCAGUGUCCUACAGACUACAGUACAGAUUAGAGAGUCAAUUCCAGUCCAAGACCCAAACGAUCUUCUCUUCCUACUCCGGUAGACGCCCAUGGAGGAUUCGGGGGACGAGGUUUUGCUGAAUUCUCUCCGUAGCGCCGGCGUUUCAGUCCCAGCCAACAUUUCCAACGUCCGGGACCUGCCGCCUUCCGUCUUCGUUUCUCUCUGCGCUCGGUGCCUUAACCUAAUCGAUGAAACGGCGGAGCUGCCCACUUCUCUGCCCGACUCCACGGUCGAUAAGUUCAAGAUCUGCACGGACGUCGCGCUCGCUGUUAAGCGGCUCGGUUAUAUUGGGGAUAUGAGCUACUACAAGAUUGUAUCUGUUGGUUACGGCAGCUCCUUUAUCCCUCUGAAGAGGACCUGUAUAAGUUAUUAAGAUUCUUGUUGGAGAGGCUCGCUAGGUCAUCUGAUGUGGUCAGAGAGGAUGUAAAUCCUGGAAGGAAACUGAAAGGGCGUCAUCCCUUGGGGAAUGAAACAGAGAAUGCUGAUUAUGAAACGUCAAGUCCAACUUACCAUGAUGGAGACUUGAAGGGUUCAGAUAUUCAUAGCAGAACAAAAGGGUCCACAAGUUCCCAUGCAAAUGAUGUGUCCUACGGCAACCAGAUGGACCUAGCAAGUGAGGCCGUUGAAAGCCUCUCCAUGGAAGAAUCCGAAGAAGUGCCUCUUGGAGACGAAGACAACAAUGCUGAGGUGGAUAAGAUAUCCAAGAUGAGAAAUGAUCUUGAGAAGUUGCAAAAGCAUGAAAAGGACCUGACAGAGGAGGUAAUGGCAAAUACUGCAGCAACAAGGUGUAUUGAACAAGAGUUUGAAUUAUUGAAGGCAGCAGCAGAAAUGGGGCUCGACGACCUUCACCCUGUUGAAUUCUACAUUGAUCAGCUGAAUGAGCAAAUAGAAGCAUCAAAGAAAAAUGUUUUGGAGCUGGAUUCACAGUGGAACAAUUAUAGACAGCCAUUAGAAGAGAAAAAGAAAAGCAUAGAGGAUUCUCUCUAUUCAGAAAUACCGGAGGCUCAAGGAAAGCUUCAUAAGCUCAGGGAACUUGAUUUGGAAAGAGAGUCUGUUCUUUCCGAAAUUAGGAGGAGGGAGAAGGAACACUCCAAACUUUGUAGAGAUCUCGAGAAGCAAGGCAGGCAACCAUCUAGACAGUCCUACAUUGAGAGGGUCAAAGAGAUUACCAAAAACAGCCGGAAACAAGAUGGUGACAUAGAGCGGAUAUUGAAAGAAACCAGGGAGUUGCAGCUAGAGAGCAACUCCAUUCAAGAACGCCUUCAUCGUACCUAUGCAGUUUUAGAUGAAGUGGUUUUCAGGGAAGCAAAGAAAGACCCAGUUGGGAGACAAGCUUAUCGAUUGCUGACGAGCAUCCAUGAGUGCUUCGAACAGAUCUCGGAGAAAAUCCUAACCAGUGACAGGGUAGGCAGAGAAGUGGCUGAGCAUGAGAAGAAACUGGAAGCCUUGACUUCUUCCCGAGGGUUAAACAUAGAGAAACUGCAAGCUGAUCUCGAUGCCAUUAGGCAGGAAAACCAGCUUCUCGCUCAACAACACCUUCAAGACAAUUGAGCAAGGGAAAGAAGACCCACAUAGUGCAUUGCUAAAUACCAGGAGCAUGAAUUGCUGUAUCAUUUCACCAUUGCCAAUUUGUUCCUAUUUUUUGUUAAUUUCUUUGUGAAAGUGAGUAAUUUGGGUUUUUUUAACAAAUAUUUCGACAAAUCAUCGAUCAGAAUUCACAACCAUGCAUUCUUAACAAAUCCAUUAAUUUAUUUCAGCAAUCAAUAAUCCAAAC